AUGGGGCACGCUGCUAGACCACUGAAAGCAGGCCAACUGCAUGUGGCCAAACGUGGUCAAUGCAUAAACGUGGAGGCGCGACAUGACGCCUGCAAACUAGGCCUCAGCACCAGGAGGAGAGGCAACCCCCUGUUGAUCAACUCAUCCCAGCAGCCGGACCUAACGGUGUCACGGACCUACACCAGCCCCAUCUGCUUCCAGGACUCCAUGGAUAAAGAACUCAUCUCUCAGGAGCCUUCGCUCUUCGACCCCCUGCCUGACCUCAAGGUCAAAGUUCACUCCUCUUUCAUGGUGUCCCUGGGCGUGUCAGAGAGGGGGGCCGAGUACCACAUCCAGAAAGCCCAACCCCAGACCUUCCCCCGGGGACUGGCGCCCGACUACAGCGGUGUGGGGUUGGAGGGGACGCUGAGAGGAAGGAGGGAGAAGACCCUCCUCGGCCCCCUUGCCCCAUCUACGCCAUUCAGGCCCCCACUCAGGACGGCCGGGGUGUUCGGACACGCGGGAGGGAGGCUGGUGGUGCCCAAUACAGGCGUGAGUCUGUUGGUGCCCCAUGGGGGGAUAGCUGUGGACACUACCUGGGAAAUGUACAUGGUCAUCAACCAGGAGGACAGCAGCAGCAGCACCCUAUCAGAAGAGAGACAGGAGGUCCUGCUGAGUCCAGAGGUCACGUACGGUCCGCUGGGCCUUGACAUCUCCUGUCCCGUCGCCAUGACGAUAGCCCACUGCGCUGAGGUUGCCGCCGAUAACUGGAGCAUCCGCCUCAAGAGGCAGACACAGGAUAACAAGUGGGAGGAAGUAAUGUCGGUGGAGGAGGAGAGCACUUCCUGCUACUGUCUGCUGGAGGCUCAGUGCUGCCACCUGCUGUUGGAGCAUCCAGGGCGCUACGCCCUGGUGGGGGAGCCUCUGAACCAGGAGGCUGUGAAGAGGCUGAGGUUGGCCGUGUUCGGUAGUGCAGACAACACCAAUCCACUGGGAUACAGCCUCAGAGUGUACUGUGUUGACGACACCCCCUACGCAUUCCAGGAAGUGGCGUCGGCCGAGCGGGCGAGGGGUGGUUGUCUCCUGGAGGAGCCCAAGACGCUGCUGUUCAGGGGGAACUCCCUCAGCCUACAGCUUUCCAUCCAGGACGUCCCCCAGUUCCUCUGGAGCAUCAAGCCUUUCACCACCUGCCAGGAGUUCUCAUUCUCUCAGGUGUGGGCUAGUAACCAGCACCCCCUGCAGUGUGCCUUCUCAUUGGAGCGUUACAGCCCCGCCUCCUCCCAGCUGUCCUGUAAGAUCAGUGUGCGCCAGGUCAAAGGUCAGGAGCAAAUCCUCCAGGUCUACACCUCCGUAGUCGAGAGUGAAAAGGAGGUAGUCCCCUUCUUCACUCAGUCGGACUGUACCAUCACAUCACAGAUGGGGUCCAGGGCUUUCAAGAUCCCACUUUCCAUCCGCCAGAGGAUCUGUGCCACCUUCGACACAGCCAACGCCAAGGGCAAGGACUGGCAGCUGCUUGCACAGAAACUCUGCAUAGACAGGAACCUGUGUUACUUUGCGCGUCAGGAGAGCCCAUCGGCGGUGAUCCUCAGCCUGUGGGAGGCCCAGCACCAGGACACAGGGGACCUGGACUCUCUGGCCAGCGCUCUGGAGGAGAUCGGCAAGGUCCACUCCACCCACUCCACCUCCAAUAGGACCAGCACGCAGACCACCACAGGGACCACCACAAGGACCACCGCUACCCUGGGCCGCAGCACUGAGGAGCUGGACGCUGAGUUCACCUAACCAGGGGGAGGGGAUGAACUGAUGAACUGGAGCCCCAGCAAAGGAUCACAAGGCUGGGAAUGAACUAGCCAAAACAGGGGAGGAAUGGCUGGACCCUUACAGUGGAGGAGGUCAGACAGAAGACUCCAGUCAGGGGAGGAUUGGACAGAGAGCAGACAUGACUAAGUACUACAGGGGAACUAAUGAACUACUUUUACUAAAGUCAGACCACCAGGCUGAAUGGAGGGGUAAGAGGGACAAGAUGAUGAUAGGAGAACAAGAGAUGCUGGAGGAGAAGGGUAUAAGGGAGAGAAUGAAAAGGGGUGAGGGGGACAAUGGUUUGAGAGGGGAGGGGUGAAGACCAGUGAUAGGGGUGCAAGAAGAGAUGGGGAUAAGGGACAGGGGCUAAGGGAUAGUGGUGCAAGAGGAGAGAGGGAGAAGGGGACAAGCAAGCAGUGUAGUGGGUUCUAGAGGUCUGAAGGUCCUGUCACGAGAGGGCAGCUACUGUUGUUUAGGUGGAAACAGACAGAACUAAUUACAGUAACCUAGGGACUACUCCACAACAGAGUCAAAAAGUGAACCACAACUGAACCACAAACCAACAAGUGGCACUCUUUCUAACCUGGACUAUUAAGCCCUACCCCUCUAGUCAUUCCCCUCAAUAGCAAGAAUUCUUUGUGUGACGUGAAUAUGUUGUUGUUUAUUUUAUAUUUAUGAUAUCUCUUUUCUUGUGUUUUUCCUUUGCACAUUGAAGGUGUGUUAAUGCAUCGGCCUACUGUGGAACCAGAGAGAAACAAGCUAUAUCUAGGUAUUGUUGACAACAUGUUGUGAAAAACAGUCAGUAUUGACGUCUGCCAUAUGACGUCACAAACAUUUGGGUUACCCAUACCUAGGAUUACCCAUACCUAGGAUUACCCAUACCUAGGGUUACCCAUACCUAGGUUUACCCAUACACACACGAGCAUACUACUUAGAAUGAAGGAAUGUAUUUGGGCAUACAUUCAGAGUGCAAUGUAUUGGGGCAAACAUUCAGAGUGCAAUGUAUUGGGGCAAACAUUCAGAGUGCAAUGUAUUGGGGCAUACAUUCAGAGCGGUGUGCUUUGUGGUAUAUGCUGAUAUUGGGACGCAGCCAAUAUGUUAUUUUACUGAAUGGCACUGAAAAGGUUCUGGUGUCACACUAAAGCAGUGACAUUAAUUAACAAAUGGCUAUCUGCAGAUGAAUGAAGGAGAAUGUAUGAGGGAUGGUCGAAACAUCCCAGGCUGUCACAUCAACACCCACACACAAACAAGCAGAAUGGCACUUUCCUAUCAGGUGGAUAUUUUUUACCUAAAUGUAUUGGUCAGAAAAUGAAUUGAAGUGAUUAGAGUAUUUACGUGUGCUGUUAACCCUUAAACUCCCACUCCAGUGGUGCCGUAGGCCAAGUCAGGCUAACUAACUAACCCUUAGCCUACUACCAGGAAACACAAACCCAAAUAUUAUUCAACUUCAAAAAGUUGCCCACCCACAUACACACACAAAAUAGGUCAAAAUAAAAAAAAGGUCAACUGUGAGAAACAGUGUGUAGAACUGUCAUGGUGUUGUUUCAUGGAAUUUACAGUGUUUUUACAUGCUAGUACCUAACUAUAGUAAGCUGUCCAGUCUCCUCUACCUAAAGUGUGGGAGACACCAGGCACGUGGCAGAGGUGCUCCCAACGUUGUUACAGCAUUUAAACCCAUCACACACGAUAGCAGGAGCUGCAGCUUGGAGAUGAUGAACUCACACACACUGAACUGAUCUGAAAUACACACACACACACUCUGGGCACAUGCAUACACAGUUCCCCGAUGUAGUGAGAGGUGCAUGCCUAACUGAAUAUCUGGAAGGCAAAAAAUUAGCCGACGCAAAGAGCUAUCUAUAGACAGUUUGUGGGUGCAUGUGUGCGCACCUGGACGUGUGUUUGUGUGUCAUGAAUUUGAAGAUCUGGCUUUGUCCCUUUGGAGAAUCCAGCCUAGUGCUAGUAUUUGAGUUCAAUCUGAUGUGUGAUGUGUGAAUCUCUCACAAGCUACUGUCUUUAGAUCGGUAUUCCUUUGGAGAAAAAUGAAAGAAACAGUACUGAUUUGAGUAAAACGAUAUCUAUGUCGGACGUACUGAGACAUUAGACAUUUAGCGCUUUUAUUUUGACCUGCUGUUUUGACAUCAUCUGCCCUUCCUUAUUAGGAAGAAAUCUAAGAGAAAUCUAAGAGAUCCUUCCUAGUUCUCAUACUGCAAUUAUUAUAUUUUUGGUUAGAGUGAAACGUAACUAUUAAAAAUAGUUGAAUGAUGAUUUUAUGCUGAAAAUAUUAUUAUGCAUACAGUGAGAGGCAUUUAAAAUUCAAUUAAGCCAUGAACUCUAUAAUCACAUUUGAUUGACUAUAGCGUUCUACAACGCUAUACAUUUUCAAUGUUAAGCAGGUGAAUAGUACGAUGAUUAUUAUGCUGCUUAUCACUGUUUGAUGUGUAUUUCUGCUGAUUUAUGUUCUUUUCUUUUUUCCUCAACAUGAUUUGCAAAUGUAUAUACUCUAUCAUGUUUUGAAAUAAAUAUGCAGUGAAAUUCA